AUGGCACCCUUAACAGAUACCGUGGUCGAUGACCUCAAGAGCACCGUCAACCGCCUCGAGAAGCGCAUCGCUGAGCUGGAGAACAAGUUGUCUGGCCAUGGCGGACAAUCGCCAUCCCAAGAAAGCAUAAGGAUGAUCCUUAUGGGACCACCGGGUGCUGGCAAGGGCACACAAGCACCGCGAAUUAAGGAGAAGUUCUGCGCAUGCCAUCUCGCUACUGGAGACAUGCUGCGUGCGCAAGUCGCAGCGAAGACAGCCCUCGGCCGGGAGGCGAAGAAGAUCAUGGAUGCCGGUGGCCUAGUUAGCGACGAGAUCAUGAUCAACAUGAUCAAGACAGAACUUGAGAGCAACCAGGAGUGUGCUAAAGGCUUCAUUCUCGACGGUUUCCCACGAACAGUUACUCAAGCCGAGAAGCUUGAUGGCAUGCUUGCCGCAACCAAGAAGCCCCUCCAACAUGCAGUUGAACUGCAAAUCGACGACGGUCUGCUCGUCUCGCGUAUCACCGGCCGCCUUGUUCACCCCGCGUCUGGCCGUUCCUACCACAAGAUCUUCAACCCACCCAAGACGCCCAUGACCGACGACAUCACUGGUGAGCCGCUCAUCCAGCGCUCCGAUGACAACGCGGAAACUCUCAAGAAGCGCCUUGCGACCUACCACGCCCAGACUGCGCCAGUCGUCGCAUACUAUCAAAAGACGGGUAUCUGGAAGCCCAUCGACGCAAGCCAAGAGCCCGGACAGGUUUGGAAGAGCUUGCUCAAGGUUUUUGACAACAAGGCCAUGAUUGGCGGACAGUCGGGCAGCCUGCUCAACAAGAUCGGUCUCAAGAACUAG